CCGGCGGCGGCUCGCUCCGCGGCCGCGGUUCCAGAUGGUCGUGGUGUGGCUCUGCGCCCCGCGGGGAAUGGCGUAUAUUUACAGAUGAGGAAGCUAACUAAGUAACUAUGGCAGCUCCCUGGAAGAGAGCUUUUCUGAUACUUCUAGCAUCUCAAGCUAUGUCCUUAGUGAAGUGCUUUGAAGAGGAGGAAGUUCCAGAAGAAUGGAUUCUUCUGCAUGUUGUUCAGGGUCAGAUAGGAGCCGGGAAUUACAGCUAUUUGAGAUUAAAUCAUGAGGGAAAGAUAAUUCUUAAAAUGCAGAGCUUAAGAGGUGAUGCAGACCUGUAUGUAUCUGAUAGCACCCUUCACCCAAGCUUUGAUGAGUAUGAAUUACAGUCGGUUACUUGUGGCCAGGACAUUGUUUUUAUACCAGCACACUUCCAACGUCCAGUGGGAAUAGGUAUCUAUGGACAUCCAUCUCACCAUGAAAGUGAAUUUGAAAUGAAAGUAUAUUAUGAUAGAACAAUCGAACAGUACCCAUUUGGGGAGGCUGCUUUUUCUUCAGAUGGUACAGAGUCAAGUCAGAAGCAUGCUUACACCCCAGAAGACACAUCUCAAGAAGAGGAAUCCGUUCUUUGGACAAUAUUAAUUAGUAUUUUGAAACUAGUACUUGAAAUUCUUUUCUAACUCAUUGGACAUACUCUGGAGUAUAAUACCCUUAAUCUGUGAAGUUGAUUGCAGUUUGCUCUGAACCUUGCAUACUUUUACCUGUCUGAGAUUCUGGUUACCUUUUCCAGUUGGGAGGAUGAAAAAUAAAGCCAUACACAGUUUUGUUACCUCAGUUACCCCAAAAGUAGGGAAAGCAGCAAGCACACUGUUUGUUGUUUUAAGGAUCAAAAUUCCUAUAAAAAGAAUAUGCACAAUAAAAUGUUUAAACUUCAUUUUGAAUAGUCAGGUGACUAAAAAGAAAGAUUAUUCAAGUAAUUUAGGUUUAUAUAAAAAAUGAAAAUAGAGCAACCUUUUGUGCAGUUACACAGAUCAGAUUAAAAGGUACAAUAACUAUAAUUUUACUUCAGUUAAAGAGUCUAAAUGAUGUUAUAAUAAUGUGUGUAAGCUUUCAAGGGUUGCUAAAAUCAAGUCUGAAACGUAAUGAAGGUGAUUUAUUUACACUUCUGUUAGCAUGGACUAAAACCUCAAGCCUAUAUCCCAAGUAGGGAUGGGACCUUUUCUACUUUUUACUCCUGUCCUGUAGCCAGCUAAUGACAAUUCUAAAUCCAGCUACACCAAAUUUUAUUAGGCCGUUUGUAAUUUUAUCACUUUGGGCUACCUAUUAACAUUUUUUAAGUCAGCUUCAUUAUGCCACCUAUGGUGAGCCAGAAACAAGACGAAAUAGGAGUUUCAUGAAAAUGAUGGUAAUUUUUCGGGCUAGUAACCUUUCGGGCUAAUAUAAGUUAAGUAUUUCAAAUUAAGCUGCUAAAUAUUUCCACUCAAUUUCUGGAGAUAGCUAAAGUACUAAGAGAAAAAUCUCGACCUGGAAUUAGUUUCAAGGGUAAGAAUGGCUUAUCAGGAAUAAUUCAACUUGUGGAUUAGAAGCACAGUUAACUUCAAAAAUGUUUUAUUGGCAUAAAACUGAGAAUGUUGUAAAUAAACUGGCACCAGAUAUUUUAUUUAAAUGCAUAUUACAAUAUUGGGGGCAAAAACUAUUUUAUCCCUCUUUGCUGUUUUUUCCCCUUCUGCCCACUUUUCUGGAUGUUGGGGGAGCUCGCUGACAACAGUCACAAAUCCAGCGACCUAGGAAAAAAAUUGUUAGUUAAUAUACAAUGAAAUUUUAUUAUUACAGGACUAAAUUUUAAACCCACUUAAGCUCUCCUUUCGUAGCUAUCACUAGUGAUACUCACCUGUGGAUGUGGAAGAGGAAGGACACUAAGGACUAACUUAAGGAGAAAAAAUGAAGUUCCCUUAAAACAACCAGUGUAAUUAAUCCAUGUCAUGGAAAAUUCAGUGCAAGAGUCAAAGGUGGGAGGGUAAAGGAGCAAUGGUAUCAGAUAGUAUGGACUUUAAAAAAAAAAAAUUAAAAUUGUUUCUGAAAUUUCAUUGCUAUCACACUUAGUUCAACAGAAAUCCUAAUAUAAAAUCCAUUACUGAAUUUGGCCUAUUUUCAGCCUUUUUUCUCUGCUGCUCACUUGCAGCUGUGUGUCUAAUAGCAUUCUCUGAAGUCCUGGUGGACUAUACUGACACAGCACUUUAAAACAUAUCAAGUAUUUAAUAAAACAAUAAGACACUGUACUAGUAAACUCAAUGACUUACUACAAAACUAUAAACCGCUAGUUAAGUUGCUCAGCUUCUUAAUGAAUGAUUCCUGGGAAACUUAGUUUGGGACAUCUGUUUUAUAGAGCAUUAUACAGUGAUAACUAUGCAAAUAAGUUCUACAAUUACACAGAUAUUUGUGUAAUGUCUUAGUCCAAUUACUGUGAUUUAUUUUUUGAUACUGUGUUCGCUCGAAAGAAAUCUGGAAUUGUCAUGCUGCCUCCAUGUACAGAAAUGGUUUAACAUGUACAAAGGCAUAGCAGCCAUUCUGUUAAGUUUCUAAAUAGAUGAUGUAUAACAAUAAAAUCAAGGCUUCGAAAGAAAUCAGUUGUUCUGUUACUUUAGCUAUUGCAGAAGAGGUACACAGGCUCAUACUAUACACUGACCUAUAAUUCCAGAACUUUUAGAAGAAGCAUUCUAACAUUUAUUCCUUAAGUUGGGUUUUCUAGGAUGGGUAACCAGAUGAAUAUGAUUUGUGUAAUCACAGAUUCGGUCACUUUAAUCUCAGUAAAGUCUUUAUGCAGCCUUAAAAAAAAAAAAAAAGCUGGGGUAAUCCUGUAACUCAAUGAUUAUUUUCCUUUUCUUAAU